AUGUCACCCGCGGUCCCCAAGCAGGGGUGCUCCAACCCAAAGGGCAAAAAGAAAGCCGUCGAAGAAGACGGAUCCGCCGAAGAAGCUGGGGAUAACGAGGAAGUUGAGUCGGAGGGAGAAGAGAAAGAUGAAGAAGUGAGAGCUAAGCCUGCCCGCGGUAGACCUUGUAAGGCAAUCCUUAAGGACGCGGCAAAGCAGCUCAAGAAACUUUGA